GCAGAUCUUAUCAGUUUAGAACAAGUCGUCGUAUCGUUGCCACGUCUUAAGACGACUAUUAAUUAGUAAUUAUGAAGUUUCUUUAUUGUACAAUACCAAUUGCAUUGUUAGGUACAAUAUUAUGUCGGGAAAUAAAUUUGGUUCCUCGCAAGCAAAACAAGCAGUUGUUCCUGAGCCGGCGAGUGGUGACGGAGGCAGCAGAGUUCGAUGGUGGAGUGUUGGUCAACGAGGCGGGAAUCAUAGAGGGCGUACUCAUGAGGACGUCCGUGAAUUCGCUCCUAUCCGAUUUUGGUACCAGUUUUGAGAUCAUAGAUGGAGGAGAGCUAGCGCUGAUGGCGGGGGUGGUAGACUCGCAUGUCCACGUCAACGAACCCGGCCGGACCUCCUGGGAGGGCUACGUGACCGCCACGCAGGCCGCGGCGGCCGGCGGGGUCACCACCAUCGUCGACAUGCCAUUAAACUCCAUACCGCCAACUACAACACUGGAUAACUUGCGAAUCAAAAGAGAUAUGGCAAAGGAGGAGGUUUACGUGGAUGUCGGAUUUUGGGGUGGAGUUGUUCCUGGAAAUGAAAUGGAGUUGCUUGACAUGAUAAAGGCUGGCGUGGUGGGAUUUAAAUGUUAUCUGAUAGACAGUGGCGUCUCUGAGUUUCCCAAUAUUACUCCUGGUGAAUUGGAUAACGUGUUUAGUGUCCUUAAUGGCACUGGUACUGUUUUAGCGUUUCAUGCCGAAGUACAGCUGAAUGGAACAACAGAUUGCAGCGAAUGCGACCCUGAGUUGUACAGCACUUACCUCGCGUCUCGUCCCGAUGAAAUGGAAAUCGAUGCUGUCAAAUUGAUCGCCAGUUUCAUACCUAAGACCGAUGUCCAUGUCCAUGUGGUGCACGUGUCGGCGGAGGGUGUAGUCCCGAUCCUAGAAGAGGCGCGGGCGGCGCGCGUGCUGGCCGGUCACCGCGGCUGGCGCGCCGGCGUCACGGCCGAGACCUGCAACCACUACCUCACGCUCAACGCGGAAGACGUGCCUCCGGGACGAACCGAGUUCAAGUGCGCGCCGCCUAUUAGAAAUAAUACUAACAAGGAAAAAUUGUGGGAGUAUAUAAAAGACGAAAGAUUGGAUUUAAUUGCUUCCGACCACUCCCCGAGUGUUGCUGAACUAAAAGGCUCAAAUUUUAUGACGGCCUGGGGUGGAGUAGCCUCUUUACAGUUUGAUCUGCCCUUAUUCUGGACGGAGGCGUCUGCGCGAGGCUUUGGUCUAUCUACGGCCUCCCACUACCUGUCCGCGGGCCCCGCGCGCCUCGCCGGCCUGCAGGACCGCAAGGGAGCGCUCCAGCCCGGCCUCGACGCCGACCUCAUCUUCUUCGAUCCGAACGCUGCAUUCAUCGUCACGCCUGAGAUCAUCCUUUACAAGAAUAAAAUCAGCCCAUACAUGAACAGAGUGUUACGAGGAAAAGUGACACAAACGUAUGUAAGGGGUCAACUCGUGUACGCCGACGACCAACUCGUAGGAGAACCGAAAGGAAAAUUGCUGUUGAAUGAUUUGUAAAA